AGAUCCAGGUCCAUACAAACUUGAUUGUUCUGUAAGCCAUGUCCUGCAGCAUUCAAACAUUGUGAUACGAAGUAACACGGUCAAAAAACUGUCGGCCUCCCGGCAUGCAGCAAACACCACUGUGUCCCCCUUCAUGGCUUCAUGGCUUCAUGGCUUCCCACCUAGUGAUGCUUAACUGCCCCUCCCGUACACACAGAGCAGAACACAAAGAAAACAAAUAAAAACAAACAAAUCUAUUAAUUUUGCAAUACACACAACAGCACAGGCAUUUACGUUUUCACACACGGCUCUUCUGCAGGGCAGCGCCUCAAUAUAAGGGUAUCAGUAAAUCAUAACCAUUUAAGUGGCAAACUAGAAUAAACCCAACCUCGGCGGGAAGCUGUUUCCCGACGGAUUGUUUUCGGUGACACGGGAAGUGAGCGUAACCGAGCAACGCCGCCGUCGCCACGGUAACGCUGCUCCGCUCAGAGGAAGUUGGUCGCGCCCGAUGUGAAGCGAUGCGCCUCGGGGCCGGUCUACUCCGGCGACACGUCAUGUAGGAGAGCUCACGUGUUUUUCUUUUGAACAUUGACGAAGUGCUGAAGUUAGAGCUGCUUUCUUUUGGUCGUCAACUGUUCACUCAGGCAACAAAAAAAAAACGUUAGCGAAAUGGAGCCCGAGCGGAAUGUCGGCUAGGCGACACGCCCCCAUAAACACAACAGCCGUGUGGGUGACAGGGUGAUGCCUCUCGCCGCCAUGGACCGAAAGACUUUAAGUAUUGUUUCACUGUACGUCAGAUCAAACGUUGAGGUCCCAGGCUCGGCUGAGAAAUGAACGACUCAUCGUUUGUGCGUCUCGUUCGACGCGGCUGAACCGUUUGUGCAGGUCAACAGCUGCGAGUUGCACCUCGCCACUUUCAGAUCGCCAGGAGUGGAGAGAUGCCCAGACGCCGUUUACAGUCUGCCUCUCGAGAUGUUGUAAUAGACGCAGAGGUGAAUUCCAACACGCCGGUGAAUCGUUCCAUCCCAGGAAACAGGCAAUUUGUCAGGAGACCUGCUGUGUCGUCCCUCGCCAGCGACUCUGGAGACGCUUCACCUGACGAUGGGGCCACUGGCAGCUGGUGCUCAGGCUGGUGUGGCUGCAGUUUCACACGCCGCACAAGAAGCAAGGGACAAAUCCAAGAGGCCGACCAACAGCGCUUGGGCCACUUGCUACCGUGGUGUCUUAAACCUUCCCAAGUGCUUCUGGUGGAUAUAGUUACAGCGCGGGAUCGGGUUGGUCCCUUCACUCGGUUGCCCGGUGACAGUUUUGCAUCCAACUUUCAACGAAUCCACUUGGACAGGCGCUGUCUGGAGGAAAGCCCCCAGCUGGGAAUCAUGGAAGAACUGCAGCUCCUCAACCUCCAGCACAAUCUGAUCACAAGAAUCCAGCAUUUGUCACAUCUGCAGCAGCUGGUUUUCCUGAACUUGUACGACAAUCACAUCUCUGAAAUGACAGGCAUCGACGCCCUGAGUCUGAGGAUCCUAAUGCUCGGGAGGAACCGAAUCAAGAAGAUAUCCUGCCUGGGGAGCCAGUCCAAACUAAAUAUCCUGGAUUUGCAUGACAACCAGGUCUACAGGACAGAGAACGUCUCUCACCUGAGCGAGCUGCGAGUGCUCAAACUGGCAGGAAACGGCAUCUCCAGCGUAGAACAUCUGCAUUGCCGGGACCGUGUGACUGAACUCGACCUGAGGCACAGCUGCAUCUCUUCUGUGACUGAAGUGGACCGCCUGCCCUGCUUGCAGCGCCUCUUUCUCAGCUGCAGCAGCAUCACCAGUUUUGAUCAGCUAGCCUGCCCUGGAGAGUCGCACUCCCUUUCUGAGCUCACCCUGGAUGGGAAUCCUGUAGCCCUGGAGACAUGGUACAAGCAGGCCGUCCUGCGCUGUGUGCUUCACCUGAGACAGCUGGACAUGAAGCGCAUCACAGACGAGGAUCGGCGCAUGGCUGGUGUACAAGCUCGAAAAGAGGAGGAGAAGAAGAGGGAGAGUCACAAGCAGACCAUUCAUAAGGAGAAGCGGCGUCUGGCGAUCCGUAAUGCAGCGCAGCAGUGGGAGGGCGCCAGGGCCUGCCUGGAGCUGCCGCCGACAAACGGUGCAAAAGAAGAAGCCAGUCCAGAGAACAGCCCUGCCCAUAGCCCCGCCCAGACCAACGGCCUCACACAGGAGCCUUCUCCAGACGAGCCAAGGCGGGUAAGCCCAGGUUCAGGACCAGAGCGACCGUCAGGGGGAACGGAGAACAGACUCCGCACCAACAGCCGUCCAAACAGCCCACGAGAUCCCAAGCUUUUGGAGGCAGGGAGCAGCACAGUUCAGAGCUUGUCCCUGUCUGAGAGUCACCUGGCGGAGUUGGAUGGAGAUACCCUGCGUUUAUUUGGACUCGGAGCCCUGGAGGCCCUGGAGCGGGGUUGGGGAGUUCAGACCGCCGGUGCUGUCACUGUGAUAACCUUCCGCUACAUCAGCUUCGACGCCAUUGUACCAACACUGCCGCGAAUAAGGGUCAAGUUCCCCAAUCUAUCGCACCUGAUCUUCUUGGAAACCAACAUCAGCCGCCUGCCGCAGCUGGCCGCCCUGGCUCAGGUGAGACGUCUGGAUCAGCUGACCAUCCACCCGGAGGGAAACCCAGUGGUCAGUCUGGCUCUGUGGCGCUCUUUCGUCAUCUACCGCCUCCACCACUUCAACCUGCAGAGAAUCAAUGGCCAGGAGGUGACCAUGAACGAUGUGAUCGCUGCAGAGCGUGCGUUUGGAACGCUGGGUCAUAUUGCAGCCACCGAAACUCCACGUUGCCGCCUCCUGUUGCUACUGGAGGAGUCCAGGAAGCGUCAGCUGCAGUUCCUGUUGGAGGGGCGAGGCCGGCGGCCAGGCCUGAGUCCCGAGGAGCUGCGGGACAACGGGAAGCUGCUGGGAGAAGGCCUGAGCAGAGCGCUGUUCAACUACCCGAGCAGAGACUGCAGUGCGGAGAGCCCUGAGGAAAGCACCGUGGAGCCAUCGGAGCGUGCGGCCAUGAUAGAGCAGUACCUCCAGGAGUUGGUCCACAGGGCGUCGGACACCAACCUGAAGGGCGAGGCUCUCCACAGGCUCUGGCCCUCCAUGUUUGCAGAGAUGGUGGGAGACUGUGUGUUGGAGAUGAGGGACCGGGCAGCCUUCCGCCGAGCCAGCCUUGCCAAGCUCUCGGAGACCAAGUGAACCGGACCAAAGGUUCACUCAUAAGAUCACUCAAACACACGCAGGAAACACGUGGACGUAGUUUCACCAGGGGCCUCCAGCGCUCACUCUAAAAUGUCCUCUCCGCAACACAUCGCAUCACAUUGUGACUUUAUCAGUUAAUCGAAUCUGUGAAGGCCGAGGGUGUACAUUCCCCUAGUGUGUGGGAAAACGCUUUCCUAAGAUGGAUGUUUGUUUUAAAAAAUGUCUAAAAGAAAUUUGUCAUGUGUCCUGAUUUGAAUGUAGAUUUUCACGGAGAACACGGUCUGAUUCCUCAGCGCUCGGAGCUGUAACACACUUGAAGAAAGGUAGAAGGACUCACCGUGCAUUGUGGUCCCUGCGGAAUAACCUCUGCACCUUAAAGGCCCCCUGAAUGAACCCUCUUCAUCGUUACCACCAUCAGCCGAAAAUGACCGCUGUCUCUUUUUACUUCAACCUUGUAUCACACAUCGCUCUCUCACGUUCUCCUGCCUGCCGUUAAAAAAAACAAAACAGAGGGCACAAACACGGACAAUGACUUUUCUUUGUUUACCACUGAUUUUUCUGUAUUGUACUUGGAAUUAAAAGAUUCUGUAGUAACAAA